GUGGUUCGGUUGAACGAGGGCGCGCAAACGGGCGGGUGUCGCGAGCGUUGCAAAGCGGUGAAGGGUACCACGAACGGAAAGCACGGUCGUGGCGCUAGGCGGGCGUAGGCGAGGUUCCGUGACGGCCGUUCGGUGGCGCAGCAGGAAUUCCCAGCACGGCAGGCACCGGGUUGGUCAGCUACGUGGUGUUCGUGCGCCUCUCUCUCUAUCGGUGUGUAUAUGCGCGAUUUGCCCCGAGUCCGCGCCUCGACUUGAUGACAUGGCGUCCUAGCGCUGCACGGGCAAAGUCGCACGUCCUCGGUGGAGUGGCUCUCACCCCGUCGUCGAAACAGCCGCAUCCCAGGAUGCCAAGAUCACGAGAGGGAAGGAUAUGAUAAGCUGUGGCCGAUGAAGAAGAGAGCACGAGACAGAGCAGGAGCACGAGCAAGAGCAAGCGGCUUCGUCGAAGAAGUCGGAACGAAGCGACGACGAGGCGGCGGCAGCAAUACCAAUAAAAAGAUCGACACUAGAUCUGAUGUUAGCGGACAUUAACGGUAACUUGGCGGAUCUGAGAAGCGAAGCGAUGGCGUCGCAGAGGUUUUGUCUGCGCUGGAAUAAUCAUCAAAGUAACCUACUCUCCGUUUUCGACCAACUACUCCAUGACGAGUCGUUCGUCGACGUUACGCUGGCCGUUGAGGGUCAGCUACUCAGGGCACACAAAAUGGUGCUGUCGGCGUGUAGCCCCUACUUUCAGGCCCUUUUCGUCGGCCACCCCGACAAGCACCCGAUAGUCAUUCUCAAGGAUGUCCCGUACGUGGACAUGCGUAGCCUUCUGGAUUUCAUGUACCGCGGGGAGGUGAGCGUCGACCAGGACAGGCUGACCGCCUUCCUGAGAGUCGCUGAGUCCCUCAGGAUAAAGGGCCUGACCGAGGUAAACGAGGACAAGUGCGACUUGCCUAGCAUUACCUCGUCGUUGCUUGGAAAUCAAAACACAGUACCUCCACCACCGCCGAGUCUACAUAGAAUAAACCAAAUCGGGCCUCACCACCAUGUCUCGCAGAAGAGGAUGCACCACAUGUCCAGCCAUCCUCUCCUCGGCUCGGCGUUGUCCGCGCCGAAGAGGAAAAGGGGCAGGCCGAGGAAGCUGAGCGGCUCGUCGGACACGCCGAUCGGCGAGAUCUCCGGCCAGGAGAUGCAGUCCUGCUCGGGCGCCGAUCUCGUGCAGGGCUCGCCGGAGAUGAUGGAAAUGAAGAUGAGUAUCGACUUUCAGAGCGGCGAGGGUAGUAGUAACACCGGUAGAAGCGGGAACGCUGGGAGCGCGUCGGCGGCCAACAACAACGUUAGCAGCAACAACGUCGGGAACUCGGGAUCCGCGGCGACCAGCCUGGCAUCCUCUUUGUCGUCGUCGAGAAAGGACGAGCCGACGGAGAACGGUACCGACACGCCGGAGUCGCUGACGCCUCGCGUCAAACGGGAACCUGAACCAACGCCUAGCACCUCUGCCCAAGCCUCUGACGAGACGUUCGCGCGGCCGCACAGUAGACAAGGGAGCGAAGGUUUCAAGCAAGACCAGCUGCCGAGCCUGCCGACCGACAUCACGUUCGAGAUCUGCACGUCGUCGUCCUCGUCGUCGCCGCCGCCGGCCACGACGACGCCGGCUCGGACGGCCGAGGACAGCUUCAACGAGGACACCGGGGGCACGUUCAUCAAGUCCGAGAGGGUGGUCAGCGGCAUGCACUUUCUGACCGACCGGGAGGAGGACCGCGGCGAUCUGUUGCUGCCGAAGUCGGAGUCCGGGGAGGCCGAGCCGGAGGUCAGGAAACAGCUGCUGGAAUACCUCAUUCAAAACGACGGUUCCGUAGUCUGCAAAUGGUGCGGCGAGGUCCUACCGUCUCGAACCCGUUGGUACAGGCACAAGUACAAAUUCCACGUCUCCACCCAGGUCACCCAACCGGCGCCGCUCUUCAAGUGCCACAGCUGUAAUGCUUACUUCAAGUCCCGUAAGGGUUACAUCGGUCAUCUGAGCUCCCGGCAUUCCGACAACGAGAACGACGAGAACAGGGAAGAGCCGGCCAACAAGAAAGCCCGGAAGUCCUCCGACAUCGGGAAAGGGCCGGACUGGGAGCAGCAGAGGGAGAAAGAAGAGAAGCUGGUGGCUGACAUAAUCGAUCGUGUGAAGAGGGAGUGCGAGGCUCAGGGUGAGACGGUGACGAGACGGGGCUACUCCAGGCGAUCCACCGUGAUGAACAGCUAAGGGCGAGCCCUCGUUAAAGGAACAAAGGUGAAUCUGACGCCAUAUCAUCGUCGUACGAUGCUCUCCUCGCGACUCGGCUCGAAGAACGUCAGGUGCGCACGGAUCGAUCCCUGCCGACGUUCGAUCAACCCUUUCGUCUUUUGACCGAUUACGAGCAGCUCUGCGAUAAUCCAAAAACAAACAAAGAAAAGAAAAAGAGAAAAAAAAGAAAGCAAACGAGAGAGAAUAAGGGAGAAAGCAAAAGUAACUAAUUAAGAGAAAUCUCUCGAGUUUAAAUGAGGCUAAGAUCAAACUAGGUUUAACUUCACUUCGAAAUCGGCGGUUCUCUGUGCUCAAUCGUUCGUCGCCGAACACACGGUAAGCCGGUCCCUAUCGCGACGAUCGCGAUAGGAUCGGGUGUCCUAUCGAUCCGGUUCGAUCCUCCGGUUCGCCGAAACAAUAAGCCGCGUCGGAUCGUCGCGUUAACGACCGUUUUACGAGGUUCCCGUUCGCUCGGUCGUCCGAUGCAGAAGCGAAAGUCGGCAGGGUGGUCUUCGAUCGCCGAUACACGAGGGUCUACGAAACUAUCUAGUCAUAACGCACGCGCGGCUACGUAUAUUUUUUUCGCAUCCUAAUCGGCCGCGCGGUGGCACACGGUAUAUAAGUACGCGUUCGCCGUUAACGAUGUACGCGCUAACCGCGCGAACGUCGCGGAUCGGGCCUGGGAGCUGCGUGUCCACGGCUGCAACCUUGGGAGACAGAUCUCUCGUCGGUUGAGAAUCUCGAUCGUUGGUUGAUAUCGUUCCUUUGAUCUCGGUAGGUUCACCGGUCUCGGUCGCAAUGAAACGCGAACGCGCCGGUGCGGAUGUUGUAGUUUGAAGAGUGGUGUAUUUUUAUCGCCGAGCACCGACGGCGCGAUGAUUGUCGCGUCGGUCCCUCCUGGCCAGGCGAUGUCGAUUCCAACGUGCGAAACGAACUUUCUUCUCCUUUCGUCUCGUCGGUCCCGAGGCGGACGCGCCAUUUUUUUAUCUAUCCGCGGUGUCGAAACGUUUCAUCGCGCUCGAAAAUCUCUUGCUUCUUUCUUGAUUAGGUAAACAAUGCUGAUCGAUUUUCGAUUCGGAGAUUGCACGCGUUUGUACCAACACAAUCGGCUGUGUAUCGGAUAUCAGGUAUCGCGGGUAUUGCGUCCGCGGCCAUUGCGAAACGGACUGCGGGCUAGCAGAACAGAAGAGGAUGGCAUGUCCGACGUGUUUCCAAAUAGCGAAAGUGAUCUUGAGGAAAGUGUUCCAUUUAAUCCGAGCAUGAUCAUGCCAGACGGGAUCGAUUUUGUCGGUACACACCUGGCGCAGAGCUCUCCGUCUAACAGUCGCUCGUUUUUAAUCAGAACUCGUAAUCAGAGCUGGGUAAUAUUUGUGGAGAAAAUAUUUGGAACGCUAUUUUAUAUAAUAGAGACUCGUCGCGAUUCAAAUAAAAUGGCACUUCAAGUAGGACGUAAAAUUUCAGUAGAUAAAAUAUUUUAUUUCGACGGUCCACGGCUCAAGUAUGAAAUGAAUAUUUUACUUUGAAAAUUUGAAACGUAAAAUAAGAUAGUUUGUUCUGGUAAUUUCUAAAGCUAAAUCGUGAGAAUAAAUAUUUUAUUUGGGCAAUCUAAAACGUUAAAUGAAACAGCUGUUAUUUUAAUAACGUAAAACAUGGAAACGAAUGAAAUCUAUUGUCUUUUUAAAUGCAGCUAUUCGCAUGUAACAAAGUGCAUCUUUUGUGUACGUUUACAAUGCAGAGGAAAAGUACUUCGUUCGUUUUAGAUUGCCGAAACAAAUUCUGCGCUAUGAUUUAGUGAAAUAAAAUUAUUUUAUUUGUCGAAACGAAUUAAAUGAAUCAAAUAUUCUCGGUGUUUUUCAAGUAAAAUACUAUUUGAAAUAUUAUCUCGAAAAUAUGUUACGACGAAUAAAAUAUUUUAUUUUCAAAAAUAGAUGAUCAGGUGCAUGAUCUAAAAUAAAAUAUCUAUUUGCUAUUCGCCAUUUGAAACACUAUUUUACCCGGCUCUGUUUGUAACACAGAGAACGAGAACAACGAGAAUGCUCGAGACAGUCGUGUCGACGCUACGUAAAUUAUAAAUCACGAUCGAUUUCAUCGAAACCGUUCGAUACAGUUCGCGCGAACCGGGAUACGCGUGCGAGGAACGAUAAAUCGGCAUCGCCGAUCCAGGACGGCCCGAAAUGAAAUUCAUCGGCGCGAAUGGAGUUUGCGAUUCGAGCCUGAAAAGCUCUCUGAAAAGGGAGGAAACGGAGAAUCCAGUGCCAAAUAUGUAUCUUCCCAAGCGUAGGACAUCUCGUUGCGUACAAAACACAAUGGAACGUUCACUAUGAUACGCGAUGAGAGCGAUCGUUUGCUCAAAAGUGCAACCGUACUACUUCCUUCGAUUGUGUUGGUUUCACUAUUUCGUUAUGAUCGACGGGUACAGGUGUUCGCGUGUUUCAUCGUGACCCGCAUACUUGAGCGACGAGUCCCGACGACGCCGGCGAGGCGUCAUACAGCGGCUCGCACGCGUGAACGUCACGACGCGCGUGAAAUUCAUAGAAGUUAUAUCGGUAUACGGGUAUUGAUGCAUUUAAAUCGCGCGGGUGACGUUCACGAAUCCGUUUGAACGGUUUCGACCGACACCGAGCGCACGCUCCGUGUAAAACAAGAAAAAAAGAAAAAAAAAGUGACGAAAAGCCACGAUUUGAUUUUUCGAUCAACGCGACAGAAAAUCAAAUUGUUCGUUAAAAUAGACCGCGGAUCUUUACGCGGACUCGCAUACUUUCUGUACCAAUCGCAAAGAAUGGGAGCAAAGUGUUCGUUCCUUUUUUUCAGUAACUGCUCGAUUUACUUGUUAACUUAAUUGAAAACGGCGCCGUUAAUGCCGAGACACGUUGAAGCGUAAUCACGAUGGAAAGCUGACGACUUUCUGCGCGAGGAAUACCAUUAGUUCAGGGUCCGUUGACGAGGAUCGCGAUCAUCUUUUCCAAUUCUACUGACCCAGCCUUAAACGAGUGAGAAAUCUCGGCACGGUUCAUUAAACUGUUUUCUACACCAAAGUUCUCGACAAUCGUGUUUACCAUGAACGCAUAAAAUUCACAGUCUAAUAGCCCGCGUCGAUACCAUAACGCAACAGCCGAUACAAUCCUAACAACGGUUCUACGUUCGGAUAGAUUGAAAAGUUAUCGCCGUGAAAUCGUCGGCAAGAAGGCAAGCUCCGUUUUUAAUACGCGGUUAUUUGCUUCAGUUUAUAUACGUUCGCUCGAAGCGGCAAAAUUCUCGAUUAUCCGGCUAACCAUCGAAUUUGUCUAACGGCAUUUCGCACCGUGCGCCAGGUAUGCGGGAGAGGAUGUUCGCACACACCUGACACGCUCGAGCAGGUUAGUUGGGCACGAACUAGUGUCGUUAGAAGAAAAAAAAACGGUAGAUAGAUCGAUAAAAUAGAUAAAAAUAUAUCUACGCGUACACCGAGAGUGGUACGAAAUAAAUCUAAUAUAUAAUGCGCGUCGGCGGUUAAAUCGGCGCGGCAGCAUUAUAUGUAUUAAUCUUGCUGAAUAUUCCAAGAAAGUCUGUCCAUUUUUUCGAAUGUCUCGAAAGUAUUUUAAUCUCUACUUUAUUGUUGCGUGUCGUGCGGCGCAACGGCAGAAGAACGAAUUGCAUUUAUCUCGGAUUUUAAAACUCACGAUCACAAUUUGAGUAGACCGUGCCCGCGGGGACCCUGGUUGUACAGACACGCCCCGCGCACGUAAACUGACUAGUCGUUAAGUUCGGUGCUAAUCAAGAAAGGCGUAAACAAUUUUUAUGCCUUUUUAUUACGAGUACGAUUGCAUCAAUUAUUUUUUCGGAACGAGAAAGAGAGAGAGAGAAAGAGAAGGCUUAACCCUUUGGAGGGGUCCGCGUUCACCGGUUCGCGGACGAGCAGGAAAAGAGAAAAAAAGAAGUAGAAAAACGCAUUCGUCACCGGCGAACGAGAGAGAGAGAGAGAGAGCGACGGCGAAUCAAAUUCGUUCGAAACACACAGUAUUUUGUCUGUAAUAUUUUAAGGGAAGUCGACGGGCGACUAUAACGUUCGCGGGCACGCGACUGUAAUUGUCCCGCGUGAUGGCGCGCGGGCAACCGAAUCUCCAAAGGGCUAAUCAAAAGAGGGCAACUCUCUUCUGACAUUGCGCGACGGAUUUUACACGUAAUUAUGUACAGGCGCGUACUUGCAGGCGAACCUCUGCGCGUAUACUGUAUUUCAAAUCCUACGCGCGCGUUAUGAGAUUUGCGUGCACAUCUCGUCGUGAUUGUAUACGAGCAGAGGAUGUUAAUCGACUAACGUCGGGUGAAGCACACGAGCCACUUUUCGUCUUCGUUCCUCCGCCGUCCGACGGCGGCGAGCAUUGUAUACGGGUUCUUCCACAUUCUUGAACGAGCGUCAACGUGUCCCUUUAAUAGCGAAAACGUUGUAAUCCGACCGCGCGAGUGUUUGGAGCUCAUCCGGCUAAGAUAAGCGGCGGUGCAUGUAAUCGAUCCAGGCUUUCGGUUCGAUCGAUCGCUCGCGCGACAGACACAAACGAGUAGAAACUUGCUAGACGCUCGGAAAGAGAUAGAGAGAUAAAGAGAGAGAGAGAGUGUGAGAGAGAGAGAGAGUUCUCGAAGUCUGACUGGAAUAAUUGUAACGGUACCGCGGUUUUGGGACGUUUACAAAUAAAACGGAACGAAAACGGCACGCAGGUCGUGCCACGGUUCGGAUUACAUUUUUUUUGUACGAUCAACGCGCCCCACUAGGAGUAAGAAAACGCGACGGAAACAAUCAUCUGGAUAGCAAAUGUAAGUUACACGCGGCGGCGAAUCGAAAAACGCUGUUUGUACACCUAGUUCGUUAACGCAGUGCGCAUAUUGCCGGGCUUCGCUGUGCACAGAGAUAAUAUGCUCAACUGUAAACAUUCAUUUCCGGGCGUAACGAAGCACCGUGUGCGGCACGUUGGUGUUCCAAUUCCUUCCUUGCAGUCGACUAACACAGUAGUAGGUGUGCAGAUACUUUAUCGAUUCGCUGCGGACGUGUUGCGGUGUGUUUCGCGACGUCUCCUCGCGUGCUUUGUGCCAAUCGAACGUCCCAAGCCGCUCGAACUUUUUCGAUCCUUCCACUUGCGCAGUUGUACCGCAUCGUGAGAGAAAAAGGAUAAUGAUAGGUCCAAACAAAGUAUACGAUCCGUUCGGAAACUUCAUCCGCAGCAGCUGAACCACGGAGAGGAUGAUAAAUGGUCACGUGCGUGCGCGAGAACAUCGCGUAAACCUGGCACGCGUCCGUGCUGUCCACGCGAUUUAAUCCUCGGACGGCGGGCGCCGGGUCCGUUCGGACCCAGAGUGUUACGAACGUUCCAUAUUGAUUCUAAAUUUUGUGACAGUCCUGUGGAAUUAUUAUAACUGUUAAUAUUGACACUAGUAAAAGGAUCAAUUAGGUUUUAAUAAUAUACAAAUGAAAAUUAAUCGUAAAGAUUCGAAUGGACCUAAAAUCGUGGUGGCUGCCAUAAAUGCUCAAAUACGUCCGCCGUCCGAAGGUUAACGAACGGAGAAUCAAAACGUCGAGCCCGACGCUGUGCAACGUUAUCUGCUGCGAGGAUCAACCUUGUUCGCAGCCCAAAUCUUGCGCGGUACAUCCUUCUAGACCUUCGUCCUUUGUCAGCGUUCGAGUGAAACGAAAGGGCAGAGGUUGCGAGGUCGAUGUUGAUUCGUGGACAGCAGGUUCCCGGACGAUCUCUCGAUGACCUGCCCUCCGACUGUAACAGCCACGAACCUUCCAUUUUACCAAUCGUCUUCCUCUUAUUAUGUUCUUUUGUACACGACAUGCCGCGACACGUUGACGUAGGUGUACAGCGAUACGUAUACAUGUAAUUUGUAUAAGUACCGGUUAAUGUGUAAAUGAUUUCUAGUUGGCUCUCCCUUUAGCAGCGCGUAAGUGAUAAAACGAAAGUGACCUUUUUCUUGCGGGAAAACGAAGAAACGACAAUGCGCGGAUCCCGAUCGGAACGGUCGGCAGACGCGGCGACGAGGCAAAAAAAAAACGCGAAGUCGAUAUCCAAUUAUUCCGUCAGAUAGCGUUUCCUGUAAUAACCGGCUUCCCUCGUUUUGCGACAGUCGAAAUUGUCAGUUAACAAAACGGUAAUUACGCGCGGAGGUGACGCGAAGACGAAAAAAGUGGUUCGCUCGGCGUAUUUCAAUCUUCCGUAUUGAAUCUUAAGUGUUACUAAUCGUAAGAUCGUAAGGCUGACCUCCUACGUCUAAUGCGACGAUUCAAGUUGAGAGUAUUCGAGGAGAUAAAUUAUUUAUUUGUUUACGAUAAAAACGAGGCCGUUUGCGAAUCGUAUUUCGGGCGGCUCGCGCCGACUCCAAGAAGACUAUCAUUGUAUAGAAUUGUAUAAUACAGUGACAGCGACCGCCCGAACAAUGCGACCCCGUCUAAAAGUGCACGAAUUCCAAGAAGCACGUACGUACUAUACGAUUGAAAGGGAAGGAGACGAGAGAAGGAGAGAGAGAGAGAGGUGAAGAACAAUGAGAGGAAAUAAUUGCGAACAAAACCAUAGUACUUACGAUCACGGCUGAUCGCCUGCGAUUGGCAAAUAUUACAACUAACGAAAUCGAACAUAUUGUGCAUUAUAUGUCGGGAAAGAAAUAAAAUCAAAAUGAACCGAUUAA